AAUAGCAAGGCCGGUGUCAUGUGGUGUGUCCUACUUGCUUUCAAUAAUCUAGCCUGUUUUAGUACUGACAUGCAGUUUAUCCGUUGUGCAUGCAUGUUGCACUAUCGUUUUAGAGUUAUUAACAAGGAGCUUGAGACAUUUGCAUCCAUAUGGCAUUUCAAACGUGGUGCUUUGGUUGAAAGAAAAAAUUGCCAAUCAUUUUUAUGUGAACUAUCAUACGGCCACAAUAUAUGUGAUUCUAUCGAAAUGUAUAGAUAUUGUUAUGGACAAUUUUGCAAUAUGGUAUGCCAAUUGAAUUCUACGUAUCAAUUGCAUCUUUUGGGAUGCAUUUCAGCGUGUUUUUUAAAAAUACUGUUCAAUCUUUAUUUUUCUAUGUUUGGAUAUGUUAUUGGAACUAAUGGUCAAAGAGAACAAGAUGAACUAAUACGAGCUAUAUUUUGGAAUGUAUUUUAUGGAAUAAGAUUCUUGACGAUAAUUUAUGUAGCCAAUGCUACGAGUAAACAAGCGGUUAAUGCAAAAACAUUAAUAACUGAUAUAAACAAUAGGUAUUUAGAUACUAGUACACAGGAAGAGCUUCAAUUAUUCUACUCUCAAAUAUCUAGUCGCUGCAUCCAGUUCACUGCUUGUGAUUUGUUCACUUUGAAUACCCGUCUAAUCACUUCAGCUAUUGCCGCUGGUGCCACAUAUCUAGUUAUUCUAGUGCAAUUUCAUUCUGGCAAAAAUUGAGUUUUUUAGCAUUUUGUCUAAUCAAUUAAGAAUUAAAAUUAAACGUGUUUGAUUUAUGUAGACGAG